ACAGUCACAUGUUGUUAAUUUUCAUUUUCAAAGCAGGCGAUUCCCCAGAUCCAUUUUCUUCAGCAUUUCCCCACUCCCCCCUCCAUCCAACCAAUACAAUUGGAGCACCAUGAAUCCGAUAGACGAUGAACUGAUUGACGCCUACUAUGAGUACCCAGGCUCUCUGGACACAGAUUACUUCAUCAACUACACGGAGUUUGAUUUUGCCCAUGAUUACGAAUUCAACGAAUUCGCAUCUCACAUUGAGCACUCCCUGGACAUCUUCUCGAUUGUGAUUUACAUCAUCGCUUUUCUCCUUGGGGUGCCUGGCAACGCCCUGGUCAUCUGGGUGACGGGCUUCAACCUCAAGAAGACGGUGACCACCCAGUGGUUCCUGAAUCUGGCCAUCGCCGAUUUGGUGUUCGUGCUGUUUUUGCCUCUCUCAGUUGCUUACAUUGCGUUGGAGUACCACUGGCCCUUUGGAAUCAUGCUGUGCAAGAUUAACUCCUUUGUGGCCAUUCUGAACAUGCAUUCCAGCAUCCUCUUCUUGACGGUCAUUAGCGUGGACCGUUGCAUUUGCUUCGCCCACCCCACGUGGGCUUACCGAAUCCGAUCGCAUUCAUCUGCCACCUUCCUCUGUCUUCUGGUGUGGGCGGUGUCCCUAGUCCUGAGCUCCCCUUACUUGUAUUUCCGCGACACUGUCUCCUUCAGCUUUAAAAUCAACACAACUGUAUGUUUCAGCAAUUACAUGAAGGGCAGUCAAGAUCAUGACACUGCGGUGGCCCGGCACACCACCCAGGUCUUGCUCCGUUUUUUCUUUGGCUUUCUGUUCCCGUUCAUCACCAUGGUUGUUUGCUACUCGCUCUUGCUUGUUAACAUGAAAAGAAUACGCCUGGUCAUCUCCAACAAGCUCUUCCCCAUCACAAUUGCUGUUAUCAUAGUGUUCUUCGUCUGCUGGACUCCUUACCACAUACUGAGCAUUUUGGAAGUAGUUCAGCACUCCAGCCGCAGCUUCCAUUACUUUUACGUCAUCCGUCACGGGAUCCCCAUUGCUUCCAGCCUGGCCUUUCUCAACAGCUGCCUUAACCCAAUUCUGUACAUUUUCAUUGGCCACAAUGUGAAAACCCUAUUGAGGAAGUCCUUGCCCGAUAUGUUGAAGCACACAUUUGGCCAGUUGGAGUACUCUACUUUUGUUGAUCAAAGUGAGGCGGAAAUUGAGACUGAAGCAGCCCCAAUGGAGCAAUGGGUUAAUGAACCAUUGCAUCAUACAGAUCAGGGAGGCUCUGUGUAGACAAGUCCUGCUCGGUGCUAGUUAUGCCUAUAUUAGAUUGCGUACCAGCAUGAUCCUAUAAAUUGGCUUUCUUUUGCCUUUGAAUUGGGGGAGGGAUGGUGCUGGCAUAUAGUCAAACUCAGCGCAGCAAACUCUAUUAAUUGAAUUGCCUACCAGCACUCACGAUCCAGGCUCAGCCAAAAGAAUGGUACCUUGCUCAGGCAAGGUACUGAAGUAUAUUGGAAAUGUUACUGAAUAGUUUUUAUUAAACAGUAUGUAAUUGUCCUGAAUGUGCUGCUUUUAUAUUUACCUGCUCCCAACAUCUCUAUAAAUAAAGAUUCUUGUGCAAGCAUUGUAAAA